AUGAAACCCUUCUUCCAACUUCUAAGGAAGAAAGCAAACUUUGAAUGGAGGAGCCAGUGCUCUGAAGCACUAGAAGAUUUGAAGAAGUAUCUGUUCUCACCUCCUCUUCUAUCCACCCAUGUCGCCAAUGAAGAGUUUUUCCUUUACGUGGCUGUUUCUAAUCAUGCUGUUAGUGCAGUGCUGCAGCUCGCUAAGAGCUUCAACAAGAAUGUGCAUCCAAGGCAAUUCCUACCAGGUGACUUGGAACUCAGGAAGGUGAUGGAUCACAAGAAAGUUCCUGGAGAAGAGAAACUCGGUGCUAACUGUGAGGGGCUCUACAAGGUUACUUCAGCACUUGGCAAUGGUACGUACUAUCUAGCCGAUUUAGCAUGGAAGAUAAUCCCUAGACCAUGGAACAUUGCCAACCUAAAGAAGUACUUCCAGUGA